AUGGGACAGCUGAAAUCUCUCGGAGGCUUUCUGGCUCUGGCAUCUCCCGCCAUUGCAGCAUUCAAUGUCUACGCAUUACACGAUCAGGAUGCACUCAAGGCAUCGCUUGGUGUAACAUCGGAGUGUCUUUCGGCUCUAAACUAUACCGUCGAGUGUGAUGGCCCCAAUGCUGUCAGAGCCACCAAGAAUUCUGAUAGUGACUUGGCUUGGUCAAUGGACGACCUGACGACUCUCUGCACUGAUGGCUGCUCAAAAUCCUUAUCUACCUGGCUCGAGGUUGUCGAGCAAAACUGUGACGGCGAAGAGGUAACUAUUAAUGGGCUCGUUGUUGAUCCAAAAGCGUUUCCGUUGAAAUACAUAUCUGGCUACGACCUGGCCUGUCUGCGAGAUAGCAACGACAACUGGUGUUUCUACGAAGCACAGGACUGGGACAGUGGCGUGUAUACAAGUUGGGAUAAGAAACAGCCAGAUGCUUGCAGUAGUGAAAAUCCACCAGCCGAUUGUGACAUAGUGAAUUCUGAGGAUGCGGAUACCCUAUAUGUGACCAAUGCAUAUGAUAAAGAACUGUACUGCAGCGAGUGCUUUAUGCUGCUUUGGAAACAGCGGAUCGAAUCCCCCGUCUUCCCUCAAGGCAAUCUUUUGGAUCACUUCACCAAGCAGUUUAGCAAGUUAGAGGCUGCCUGUUCAACAAACCUGCCAUCGAUAACACCAGCGCCAACUGUGGUAUUAGGGGCUAAAGAUACUGUGCCGCCGUCUACAGGCUACCGGCUUGACGAGUCGACCGUGUUUAGAUAUAAUAAACCUCCAGAAGCAACAAUCACAAAGGCACCCGUUGCGAAACGUACCCCUGUUCCCCGGGCCAUAAAAACAUUCUACACUCCUGCAAUUACCGAUAGGACAACGCAACUGGGUGCAAUGGUGGCCUGUGGUAAAUACUACAACGUAGUCACAGGUGACACUUGUGAUUCUAUCUCCGCUGAAUUCGAAGUGACUAUGGACGAACUGUUGGCAUACAAUCCUGAGCUUCAUCCCAACUGUGACAAUUUGUGGGCCAACUUUGCUAUAUGUGUUGCCCCCGUAUCCCCAGCGCCAAUGGCAGUAGAUGGCAACUGUGGAGAGAACGAUGCAGAUGCCACUUGUAAUGGAUCGCCAUUCGGAUCAUGUACGCCUUGUGGACCCGAAGCCACAGCCCCCCCUGAAAUCCAGACAGCACCGGAAGAGGAGCCGCCAGUAGAUGAGCCGCCUAGCGAAGAGCCACCCAAGGAUAUUCCAUAUGAUGAUAGUAAUCAUGAGCAUGAUAAGGAAAAGCAACCACACCCCAGUGGCAAACUCCAUCUCCCAUCGGGGGCCAUCAAUUCCACUAUGAUCAGCAAAGAUGGGACUUGCAACAAGUAUAUCCGUUGCGUAGGCUCGCCAUUUGGAAACUGUUGCAGUACUAGCGGAUGGUGUGGCUAUGGAAAAGCAUGGUGCGGUAUUGGAAAUUGUGUUUCAGGUUUUUGUGACACUGAGGAUGAGGCAGCUGGGAAAACUGAGUAA